AUGAGAUUUCCCUUUGUGAUCUGCUGCAUGUACAUCGCCACGGCCUAUCUGGGACCCGUGUUCUACAAUCAGUGGAUCUUCGCUGGCUCAGGCAAUGCCAACUUCUUCUACGCCAUCACUCUCAUACACAACACGGCGGGCGUCCUCUCCAUUGUGGACAUCAUUGCG